AAGGUGUCCUCUUUAAUGAGUUAUUAUGUGUGAUGUAUUAAAUAAUGUCCUCUCUCUCAUAGGCAGGUAGGCUCACAAUGGAGUUUGCUUGUGGAUUUGUUUAUGUGCCACCAUCGGUGACUCAGAAGGACGGCCAACGACAUAAUGUCAUUAAGCGCUCAGCUCUUCUUCCUCCUGUUAACUGGAUUCGUCCUAGCAGUCCUCCCCCUCCUCCUCCAAAAAACUCUGCAGAAGCCAAACCACCAAAGUCACCCCAAUCUCGCCUAAAGGUCAUUGAACAGUUGGAAAAGAGCAAGGAAGUGAAGAAGGCUGUGAAGCCCACUCCCUUCUAUGCAAAUGCUGAAUUUCACAAUAAAGCGGGUGCAGCUUCUUCCAGGAGUACAACUCCUCAAAAGACAGCUCUUCUGCCACCACACAUGAGAUCUUCAGCAAACAGCCAGUCCCCUCCUUACAGCCAGCCACUCAUUUCCUCCAACACCAACAGUCAUCUGUCAUCAUUUACCUACAACCUCCCGAAUGAGCCAGAUUUAGAUGUACCUUCUUCGGACCCAAACUACUCGUACGCCACACCAGAAGGCGCAGGGUUCAAGGUGAAGCUGCCAGCUGAUACUAGCAAAGUGUCGGCUCCGGUGUCAGUUCCUCCCCUUCCUCCGAGACCUUCGUUCAUGAAGUUAAUCCCAGAGUACCUGGUGCUGUUGCCUCAGAAAUCACUCACGGACACAUCACUUGUCCCACCACCUACUAAAUCAGCAGAUCAGGGGCCUCUGCCUGGGAAUCCCAAUGUGCUCCUUGUCAGUUUAGGAAAAUUACUCUCAGAGGAAAGAGCGCAGACCACACAAGGAGAACUCGCCUCCUGCUCCAAAUGCGGCUCUGUGCUGGACUCCUGCUAUGACAAUGUGGUUAAUGAAUGUUACUUCUGUCAGCCCUGGGAGCCGACCAGCACUCCCAGUAUGCCACAGUGUCACCAGGAUGUCCUCUUUUUGCUAUGUCCUGAUGAAAAACCCCGUUGUGCGGCUGACGCUCUGCUGCUCUUCUGCAUCGACGUCUCAGGCUCUAUGAGCAUCACCUCAGAGGUGUCGGAGGGAGAACUUGUUGUCCACAAAACCCGUCUCCAGUUUGUUCUGGAAGCCGUGCUGCAGUGUGUCCAGAGACUGAGUGAGCAGAAACCUGACAUUCGAGUGGGACUCAUCACCUUCAGCAGUCAGGUGACAAUGCAUGGAAAUGAGAAUUUCACGUCACAUUCCCUGAGCGGUGCUGAGUUAGCUGACUGCAACUUUCUGAAAAAGACUGCAGCCAGUUUCCCAACUCCGCCUCCACUCUCACAGAACAAGGAUUACUUACGGAAACAAGUCAUGGGAUUAUGCGACGGUGGGACGACGGCUCUUGGUCCUGCUGCGCUCCUGACGAUUGCGAUAGCCUCCAGACAGCCAGGGUCCACGGUGAUUAUCUGUACAGAUGGAAAGGCCAACACAGACUUGGGGAAUCUGGAGGUAGAGGAUAAUGAUGCUCGCACUCUCCUCUCAUCCACCAUAUUCUACAAGGACCUGGGGGAUUAUGCUGCCAAUCAGGGUGUGACAGUGUCUGUGCUGUCCAUAGAGGGAACAGACUCCAGGCUGGACGAGCUGGGAAGACUCGCUGAUCGCACUGGAGGGAAAGUGGUGAUAGCAAGUCCCAAAAGGUUGCAUGCAGAGUUUGAAGAGAUCAUUGAGAACAGAAUGAUAGCGACACAGUGCACUGUCACGUUACUGCUACCCCAAUCCCUGCGUAUGAGAGGAGAGAAGGAGGCAGGACACAAAGGGACAAGAGAGGUGGGGAACGUGGACCCAGAAACAGAGAUCACCUUCCAGUUUGGAGCCAGUGAACAGAACACAGACGUGUCGGCGCCAGCCUCUGGUAGCCGUGUGUUUAUCCAGCUGCAGAUCAGGUACAGGCAGAGGAAGGGACAGACGAUGCUCAGAGUGAUCACCACAGGCCGAGAUGUUACUGAUGACAGCUCGGCGGCCCUGUCCUCUCUCUCUCUGGCCAUCAUUCAGCUCAACUCGUCACAGGCCAGCGCCGCUCUGGCUGUCAGAGGCCGCUUCCUCGAUGCCAGGAGGGAAGGAGAGCUGCAGAGGAAGCUGAUCGAGAGAGCAAUAGAGCAUAAUCACAGUGCAGAGGACCAGCAAACAUACCAAGAAUGGAUUAAAACCAUGGAGCCAAUAUACAGCCACAAACAUACCAUCAUAAGGAGAAAAUCAGUCGUUUCAGACUCGGAGUCUCUAACAGACGCCGGUGCAGCGCUGUUCUACACUAUGAAGCACAGCAACAGGAUGACCAUCUCCCUGAAGAAUAAACAUAAACUCUAACCAACUGUCAGCCUUCACCUUUCAUCUCGUUGGAAGCAGCUCAAGUCAUGAAUGACAAGGACAGACACUGUUGUUUGAUUUUCAUCAUCUGGCUGAAUAUACAGUAUAUCUCAAAUACCUCAAAUAUUUCAAAUAUAUCAACAAAAAAACUGGUUAUCUGUAUCAUAAAGAAGUAAAACAUGUGAUUUUUUUCAGUGUUACAUUAAAAUCUGCUGAGGGAGUAUAGCGAACAUGGAUGUGUAUUUGACACUGCGGCAGAGUUUACACUGACCAAAACAGACAAGAAACACCUGACUCAGAAACACCAUCAUGCAGCUAACACCUAGAGCAAAACACAUCUCACAACAUGUGUAAACUUCCAACUAAACAGUUAAUAUAGUUCAGAAUAUGAUCAUGUAAUUGUGUUUUAAUAUAUGCAACUUAUUUGCACCAAACUUGACAAUGCAACAGGAAAUACAACCUCACAACAGCUGCGUUAUUGUUAAAUUUUUUUAUUAAAUUGUUUAAUUCAUACAAAAAAAAAACCACUAAAUAUAUGCAGUGGAUGUUGUUCAGAAGAUGCAUUCAUUCGUUAUUUAGUGCCGGCAGGUUCCAAGAGAAACAAAUGCAAGUUCUAUCAUUACGCAGACUGAUGCUGAGCAGGUAGAAGCCUACUGUGCCUCUGUGUCUGUGGAGUUCUGUAACCGUCUCGCUGCCGGGUCUGUGGACACAACCUGAGCCUCCAACUCCACAUCAGUCUUCCCCUGAGAGAGAUUAACCGGCACGUAGAUGAAGUUCCAGUCCGCCAUCACGGGUUUGUGGUGUAGUGUUUGCUAUAACAGGCUCUUUAGCAGAUGCUGUCCCUUUUUCUAUCGUUGAAGGUGAAGUAUGCCUCCAGUUUGGCGUCUCAAGGGCAUCU